CUGAUAUAAUGGUUUCGUUGGUUUAAGAUUUGAAAUGGACUCUAGAACGUGCUAGAAAUCGCUUGGCGUCGGAAGUGAAUCUAAAAACUAAUAGGAAGAAAUUAUAAUUUAUAUAAAAGCUAGAAAGAAAUUAUAAUUUAUAAAAGCUAGAAGAAAUUAUAAUUUAAAUAUUACGCUAAUAAAAUAAAUAAGAAAAAAAAAUAUAGAAAAAUAUGUCCGAAGAAAAGGUUUUAUUACAUUGUUAUAAUCGUGGCUGUGGACAAAUGUUUGAUCCGAAUGAUAACAAAGAAGGUGAUUGCGUUCAUCAUCCUGGUCAACCAGUUUUUCAUGAUGCUUAUAAAGGAUGGUCUUGUUGUAGUAAAAAGUGUACAGAUUUUACAGAAUUUUUAAAUAUCAAAGGUUGUACUAAAUCAUAUCAUACAAAUGUAAAGCCUAUAGUACAAGAAAAACCUGCCGUUGAUAAAUCUAAAGCUAAUGAAGUUAUUGAAGUACGUGCAAAGCUUAAUAGUAAUAAUUCAAUGUUGAAAAGACCACCGUUUGAUUCUCCUCAAACUGUAUUAAAACCAUCCGUGUCACCUGUAUUAUUGGAAAAAAUUAAAGGCUUGACAACAUUAACAGAACUUAAUGAAGAUGAAAAUCAAAUUUCCAUCGGUCAAAGUUGCCACAAUAAUUCUUGUAAAGCCAAAUACGCAGGACCUUUGUCUGAUAAAGAAAUAUGUCUUCAUCAUCCCGGAAUUCCUAUAUUUCAUGAAGGGAUGAAAUAUUGGUCGUGCUGUCAAAAGAAAACUACAGACUUUUCUGUAUUCUUAGAACAACCAGGAUGCACGGAAGGAGAACAUUAUUGGACUUGGAAGAAUAACGAUAAAAAAAUUCAAUGUAGAAUGGAUUGGCAUCAAACAUCAACGUUUGUAGUUAUUUCAAUUUAUGCCAAGAACUACGACCCUGAUCGGUCGAGCGUGAGAAUAAACCCUAUACAUUUAAGCAUGGAUUUAUUCCUCGUAGAAGAAAAUUCGACAUAUGCUCUAGACAUAGAAUUAAAUGAAAUGGUCAAUGUUGCUGAAUGUAGCCUCAAUAUGCUGCCUACUAAAGUAGAAGUUAAAUUAAAGAAACAUGAACCUAUAUUUUGGUCUCGUUUAGAAUUUCUUAGGACACCGAAUAGCCAAGACAAGAAUGCACAAAAUGAAGAACAAAUUAGUUCACAAGUUGAUGCAAUCGAUCUCAAUGAUCUUUAAUUGAAUGAAUUUUUGUUUUAUAAUUUUAAGACUUAACAAAAUUUGUUCGAAUAAUCCUAUUUUAUUACCAAACGUAUCUUUAAAGAUAUACGUUACUGAAGAGGUAUACAUAAAAAUGAAAAAUAUAUUAUAGAAAUUUCUUAAACGAAUAAAAACUUUAAAAAUAU